AUGCCCACCCCUUCUUCUGUUCUCUUCGCCGUCUCCUCCCUUGGAUCGUCGGUCUCUUUUGCUCCCCUCAGGCCAACCGAUAACUUCAUAGCAGGUCUCCUUCCAAUGCCCCAUCCGACCACAAACGUCACACUUAGGGCGCUCACGUCGCUCGCUCAGCUCCUUUCGUUCGUCGCCCCUUUUGUUUGGAAAGAAGCAGCUGAUUCAGUGGUGGCUCGCGGCGGAGUUGCCGCCAAGCUCCUUCUCUGUUCAUCUUCAAGGAUGAGGUGGAAGGCAGACAUCAGUGAGGGCAUUGGUUGA